AUGUCUACUCCCGUUGUAAAUCCUGCUACAGCUGGUCGUCCUGUUCCUCCUGUUCCCAAUCAAUCUCCAGAUGCCAAAGCUCAUGCUCAGGCUGCUGCUAUGAACGCUCUCGACUUUGUCAAGAACAAGUCCAAUUACUACUUGACUCGUCUUGACAGAGAACUCGCCAAGCAUGCAUGUGCCAAUGAUAUUGAACGUCGCACUGGCUUGCCCAAGACCUAUGUCGUGUUGGGUACCUCCAUCACCUUCUUCUUGAUGAUCUUUUUCAACCUAGGCGCUCAAUUAUUAACAAACGCCAUUUCUUGGAUCUAUCCAGCAUAUGCUUCUUUCAAGGCGAUUGAGUCUCCUAACACGGAUGAUGACACUCAAUGGCUAACUUAUUGGACCGUCAUUGGUUUCGCUCAAAUGGUUGAGUAUUUCUCUGACAUCUUGCUCUACUGGUUCCCCUUUUACUACACAUUCAAGACCCUCUUUGUCCUCUGGCUCAUCUUGCCUCAAUUCAGAGGUGCUCAAAUUGCUUAUGAACGUUUCUUGCGUCCUUUUCUUUUGAAUGCUCAGCCAGAAAUUGACCGUCGUACCGACAAAUUUACCAAGCCAUUCACUAGUGGCGAAAAGACAUUGUAA